AGGCUCCGCCCCUCCCGGCGUGCCAGGCUCUGCAAUCGGAUGUAGAGAUCAUCGCUCUAGUCAGGCAGCAGGGUCGAUCUUGGCUCUUCCUGAGAGUAGGGCCUGAGGAUGGCGGAGAAGACGCAAAAGAGCGUGAAGAUCGCUCCCGGAGCAGUUGUGUGUGUAGAGAGUGAAAUCAGAGGAGAUGUGACCAUAGGCCCUAGGACAGUGAUCCACCCUAAAGCACGAAUUAUUGCAGAGGCUGGGCCGAUAAUUAUCGGUGAAGGUAACCUCAUCGAAGAGCAGGCUCUCAUCAUAAAUGCUCAUCCAGAUAAUAUCAUCCCAGACACUGAAGACCCGGAACCCAAACCUAUGGUCAUUGGCACCAAUAACGUGUUUGAAGUUGGCUGUCAUUCCCAAGCCAUGAAAAUGGGAGAUAACAAUGUCAUUGAGUCAAAAGCCUACGUAGGCAGAAAUGUAAUCUUGACCAGUGGUUGCAUCAUCGGGGCUUGCUGCAACUUAAACACUUUUGAAGUCAUCCCUGAGAACACAGUGAUCUACGGUGCAGACUGCCUGCGACGGGUGCAGACGGAGCGACCACAGCCCCAGACACUGCAGCUGGAUUUCUUGAUGAAAAUCUUGCCCAAUUACCACCACCUAAAGAAGACCAUGAAAGGAAGCUCAACUCCGGUUAAGAACUAAGUCGUGGGUAGUGACCGCCUCUGCCAGCUU